GAAAAAAAAAACUUUUUCAUUUUGCCGACGCGCAUGGCGACGCGCGCGCAUACCAGAAACCGGAGACUUUUUUUUUUUGGCCUUAGUCUGUGGUCAUAAAAACUUGCAAAGCAGAAAUUGAGGCUUUAUGGGGAAUUCCCCCCCCCCCCUACCAUCCUUGAAUGAAAGUUGAGCUUUAUUUUAUGAUGAAUUGACAAAUUACGGAGGUUGAUCAGUGAAGUUGGUUAUAACGGUUAUGCACAAUUGGUCGAAUGUUUGUUUAGAAUGAAUUUCUGCGCUCGCGACGUGAAAUCGACUUGCCCUGGGGGUUCAUUUCAUGUUGACUGACUGACAUCGGAACAAUUAUCUCAUCGCCCCCCCAAUAAAAUUUAACACAGGCGGGAGCCAUCGGCAAUGUUAUAAUGGAAGUAAAUCGAUAACUUGAUCAGAACGUCAAAUCAUAAUGAUCAGUUACCACUGCCAUUAUGAUCAAUUUGUGAUUAAUUGAUAUCAGCCAAGUCGAAGUCUAGAUGUCAAGUGGUUGAACAGUGUGGUUGCUGUAGCGAUAAUAAAGAUCAUACAAUAAUCGUUUGUAACACUAUCCAAAACCAUGUCUCCAUGUUCACAUUCUGGUAAGUUUCUUUGACAACCUUUGAAAUAGGACUGAAUUUGCGAUUUUCACCUUUAGAAAUAAACCAAAGCGGCUGAGUAUAAAUAUUACACAUGCAUUUUUACCAGUUAUGUGUGGCAACACAUUUGUUUAGUUUUUACUGGCUGCGGAUGAUAACUUUUGAAGCGGUAGUGAACACGCUGGUUGUUAAACCUAUAGACCUGUUGGGCUUCAGGCUUUACAUUCAUUGAAAUUCACUGCAGUUAUUUUUCAGUUGCGUGUCAUGUUAGAUCUUAAUGUAGGUGUGUGUCCCUAAACAGUUUUCUUUCAUUAAAUACAAAUAGCUUGGAGCUUAACGUAUUGUCAGUUUUAAUUGCAUACAUUGUGAUUGAGUAUAGGCCUGUACAGUAACGGAUUGGCUUCGUUGUAAAGGCAAGUCUGGUUUCUUGGUGACUGUUGGACUAAAGGGGCCAUUGUUACACAGGAAUACCGAGCAUAUCCAAUGUCGAGAAUUUGUUGUGUAUUUCUCGAGCAGCUUCACAAAGUUUUGACAUCGAAUACUUAUUUUGUGUACGACUGGCGUCAAACGACUUGACUUUUGCUCUAUUGUGAACAUUUAGUCGGGAAAUAUACUGUUGAUGAAUGUAGGCUUAUUGCCGUUGUAGAAAUCAGUCCCUGCAGGUAGACUGAUUUUUCUCUUAAAGAAACUACCAUACAAAAACAGAUUUCUUUAGACGAUGCUAAACUUCUGGAGAUAUCACAGCUAGGUAGGCUCCUCGUAUAUAAUCCAUAAUAGUGCAUCAUUUCGGUUAUGAAGAAAACCAUGAGUAGGCCUGUGCCUAAAUCACGGUAUAACUAUUCAACUCAGUGCCUGCAAUUGCAUUUCAGAUGCUGAUGGUUCGAAUCCCGGCGUCACAAGAUUAAGCUGUCUCAUAUUUUGUUUUUGUAAAGCUGCAUGUCAGUGAUGCUGUUUUCACACCUUCAAAAAUGUUCUUGCAAGUUACUCGAGCCCUAUAGAUCGGGAACUGAUAGUCAACGAUGGAUUUAUCCAAAUCUUAGAGUGCACGAGACUUCACUUCUCUGGUGUCUGACAUAAUGAGCAAGAAAGAUACUUCAGUCUACGGACAUCAUACUGACGGCGGAGGUGAUUCUGGGCUGUAUAAGGCACAGUUCUUAAGAUGGUGGGAGGAAAAAGGCAGGGAGGAGAAACAAAAAGAGGAAAAUGCGAUUGAGACCAUCAAGAGACGUCUGGAGGAGGUAGGAGGACUGGUAGCCAGUCGACGUCCAAGAAUAGUAGAGAAUACAGUGGAUAGGAUGAACACACCAUUACGGGAACAAGUCAAGAGGCUGAGUGCAAUUACACCGCGGACUUACAGGAGACUACGACAGAAAGAAAGAGGUCCCUUGAAGAUUCAUGCAAUUCACAAGUUCCGCUAUGCGUGUACGAUGGUGAGGAUCAUAGUGCGGCGAUGUCGAGAUGGAAGAAAGUAUUUGCAACCAGAACGCUCUACUGAGAAGCCUGAGACUAACUCUGAAACGGAUGAUGCACUCAAGACGAGUAAAGAAUCGGAACUGAAAAGGUUGAACUCCGUGGCCUCAAUGAAAACAAGUAUUGGCUGGGAUCUGCAGAUGAGUCUGACUACACAGCCACAGUAUCGCACCGCUGAACAACUCAAACACAUCUUGUACAUGAUUCACGCCCAUAAAGCCUUCACGAUCUUCUCCAGUGAUUCAGAGACUGAGUUAGCUCGACGGCUAUUCUACGAACGAUACGAUGAUGGUAGAAUCAUCGCUUGCCAAGGCAGACCACCAGAUCGAUUCUAUUAUAUCGUGUCUGGAAGAGUGAACCUUGUACGAGAGUACGACCUGCAGACAGGCACAAUGACCAAGUCUCUUGGUUUCCUGCAGAAAGGAAGCCUCAGUGAUAGGGAAGAACUUGAGAAACAAUGGAACAGACAAUCCAGUUUGAUUUGUAAAGGACCUGUAGAAGUUUUGCUGUUAAAUAAGGAGGAUUUCUUUAAUCUUCAGAACACUCAUGCCGGUCCACCAGUAGACUUUCUAAGAUCUCAAUAUCUGUUCUCGGAUUUCCCCUGCCAUCUUUUCAAUGAGCAUCCUGAAGCCAUUGAGUACAAGUUCUAUGGUCCAGAUCGGAUUGUAGCAAGAGAUUCCAACAACACAAGGUGGAUAUAUGUCAUUAAAUCGGGAAAGUGCAAAUGUAUACGACGACAGUUUGUCGCAGAUGUGAAAAGUGACAAGAAGUUCAGCGAGAAAAAAGGCAUCGACAAACUUGGAUACGUGAAACAGCCGUCACAUGCAGAUGCUAUGAUUGGUGCUGGAUUGAAAACACUUGUUGAUGGAGGACAACAUAACUUUGACCAUGACUCGGAGAUGAGUAAGAUAGAGUUAGUGCAAGCGGCUAACUUGGUUGGUAGCCCAUACGUUGGUACACUGGGUAUAAGCACCAAGGAGACGCCCGCUACGCCAGGGUUACCAAGCCGAUUGACGUCACGAUUACGUCUACGAUCCUCUAAAGCUUCUCCUCCUGAGAUCGAUUCAUCAGUCACAGAAAAAUAUCCUCGCACUCCAGGAGAUCAGGGAUUCAGCAUACAAGACUCCUUGUUAGUCAAGGACUAUGCAGCUAGACGUCGCUUCCAAAGCCCCCGCCGAUCAGUCCACUCAUUACAGGGUAUCCCACCAAUCCUCCCUCCACUAUCCACAACUGUGGAUCCACACAUAGAGGAGCCACAGGAUACCAACGGCUGCUUUACGAAUCACAGAACAAAAAGAAAAUUGACCCAACCACUUGAGAUUGCUGCAUGUGCACCCUCUGCACAAAGAAGAGCCUACAUUCAACUGGAUGGCAUGGUGACCGGGGAUAUAUUUGGAUUGAAUGAUGUUGCAUGUACUGCCAGCAGCGAACCCUCUGGUGUAAGCGUGGUCAGUGAAGGAGCAGAAAUUAUCAAGAUUAAUAAAAGAUUUUUCCGAACUCACGCCGGUCUUGUGACCAUGCUCAAACUGGACACACUAGUUCGUGAAUUUAUGUCUGAGGAAGAUGCGAGUGAGAAUUUAGAGCGACAGGAAACCUGGUUGAGGUACAAGUCUACUCUGAUGGAACGACUUGCGCAGAAGAAGUAUCAGACAAAAGCAAGAUGGAAACGGUCUCUGAAACCACUCAGUUUCUCAAUAUGAAGAGAUCAGUCAAAGAUUAUACCUCUUAUAAUAUUCAGCGAUUUAACAAUUGUAGGAAAAAUUAUGUACUUUUGAGAAUUUUUUUUAACAAGUAAAUUAUUUGUGUAAGUCGGUAUGAAUUCAAUAAUUGUUACUGAUUGCUUAGUUCGAGAGCUUGAAAUUCACUGUAACAGUGGAUUCUGAGAAUGCAGAAGCCAAUUGUCACACGGUUUUCUAUUGCUUUCUAGAGUCCAAUGACUUUUUCCAUGCUGCAGAUUUUAAUAUUCUAUUUCAAGAUCACUCAACUCAAGGUAUAGAAUUUAAACUCAGGAUAAAUUCGUCACUUGCGUUUCACAUUUUGAUACGAAUUUGCCUUCAUUAAUUAUUUAAUUAUGUAGAUUUAUAUAUGGGAUAACUAUAUCUAUAUACAACAGUUCAUUUUGAAAUGUAAAAUAAGUCAGAGUACAUAUUAUGACAAAUUGUUAUUAUUUGUUACCUUUGAUUAUUUUCUUGGUUUGUAUUUUUUGUACUUUAUAUACCACCUUUGCCUCGUCUUGUCACGGGUGGGCCUCCAAUGACGUCAUAAUUCUUCACACAGGGAAUUCUGUCAACUUUCCCCCUUUCACAGCUCCCCAGCAAAGCGUUCCGGUACAAUUCCUGCGGUAUUUUUUCUUUAUUACAAACCUAAAGUUAUUCAAAGCACCUCUGCCACACGACAGUCUUUACAAUGACCGUUUUCGGCCACCAACAGUUUUCUUUUCAAUAUUUUCAGAAUCGAAGUAUUCUAUAAAUGGAUUAUAAUUUGUGCCGUGGUUUACAGCCUUGUGUUCGCUUACUGUAUGGAGUUGUACGUGCAUUCAGAUUCGUAUAUAUUCGGUAUCCAUGUGACCUACGUGCCACUUCUCUAUGCUUUAAUACAUUUGUGGAAUUGUAACCGAGAUAACAGAUCAAUUUUGAAACUUGGUAGUUGUUAGCAAUGAUUCAACAUGAUUUCAUAUAAAAUUGCUAUCAUUUUUAAGUGUCAUUAUUACGGUGUACAAGUAUAAUAAAAUCACGUCCCCAUAUCGACUAUUAA